AUGGUGCCCAGCUGGGCGCACCAGCCACUCUCCUCCUUCGAAGACUUCAACCUCACUGGAGCCCUCGCAUCCACAACGCCUCAAUCUGGUAUGUCCAAAGCUGCGCAAAUCGCGGUGCCCAUUGCCGUUGGGGUAGGCGUCGCGAUCCUCGCCGGGGCGCUCUUCUGGUGCUACCGGGGACACAAGUGGCGGCACCAGCGGAACGCGCGGAUGAAGACUCUCCCACUCAUCCCCGGGGACGGCCUGCUCGCGUAUCCGCAACGGUGGCUGCGUGAGACGUGGCUGAGCAGGCGCUCUCACCGCCUCCGGCCGUCGCGGAAAGACUCCAACUGGGAGAUUGACGAGGACCGUCGCCGGCUCAAUCGCAGCGGGAGCACGUCGUACUACGAUCCGUACUCGCCUCCUGACGGCGGCGAUGCGGAGGAACACGAGCUGGGCGUGCCACACACCUCGCCGCAUAUACGGGAGACAUCGAGCACUUCGCUGCUGUCGAAUAUUGAAUUACCCAGCAUACGCCGCUGGCCGACCGCCGUCGAGCGCUUCAUCAAAUUCAAGGAUGGGAUUCGGAAAAGCCCGAACUACAAGGCGAAAACCGUCUCCCCGAUCUUUCCGGACCCUGCCUUCCGUAUCGACGGCUCGGCUGGGAACACGCCAGUUGCGAAUGGCCUCAACGCGGAAGGGAAGAGCUUCCAAAAACCAGCCGACUCCUCGAUUUCUUCAUUCUAUCCGCGCCCCGUGAGCACAGUGCAAGAGGAAAAGGACGAAGAUUGCCCAGGCGGCGCGCCUAUGGUCGUACAGCGAGAUGACUACGACCCGCAGCGGCCGUAUUCGGGCGAGGUGCUCGUCAUCUCGCAUGAUGGCGAGGACUUCAACAGCGAGUACUACACGACGCCCGGCCCCAGCAGUCCGCGAACACCAUCCACAGCCCGGCAGGGCACGGGAACCUCGGUGUACUCGGGCUCACCACUGACGGGCGUGACAGCGUCGAGCUGGCUGCCCAGCCCCCGGCGCGCGAACACGUCUUCCACUGUAUCCGGGGCGUAUCCGACCGAGCUGCGCCGAGACCCCGACCUCUCGGCGCCUCCGAACUGGGCGAACAAGUUCCCCCUCCCACCUCCUCCGCCGACUUCGGUGAGGAGGCUACCGGUGCCCCCCAGGGCGCCACAGACGUUGUCGCCUGAGCAGGCGGUGUUUCCGAGCCAUGCGCGGACAUCAUGA